AUGACCAAGUUCAAAAUUUUUGUGCUCUGCGCAAUCGUCGCUGUCAACUCCUCGAUGAGCCCUGCUGACAUUGAAACUUAUCUCAAUGGAGGACCGAAGGAUCUCUACAAAACUGCUCCAAAAAUAUGCAAGCUGGAUUUGGAAGCUGAUCGGACGAUGAGAAUUAUGUAUGCCUGCCUCAAGAAUGUUGCUCUGGGAAAAUCCUGUACUCUGACCAAAUCUGGAAAUGAAACUGAAACCCAAGAACUUGCUCUCAUCGAGAAAUAUCUGAAGAACAUCCGAUUUGAACGUCAAUCCGAGCUGGAAAUCGCAUUUAUCCGAGAUGUUUGUUUGUAUGGAGAGCAGAAUUAUGAGAAUCAAUUGGCUGGUGCGAUUUAUGAAGGCCUACACUAUCCGAAAAUUGAGGAACUUCCAAAAAUGGUUCAAGAAAUCCGCGCUUUGCCGGAAAAUCAAAUGCUCCCAGCGAUGAGUGAUUUGUUGCAGAAGGAUUUGAAGGUUUUCAAGGCCUUGUGGAAAGCUGGGCUUAGCCAGGAAAACAGCCUAAUUUCAUAUUGA